UAGACCUGGCAACCCUGCUCACUGCCACACGGACACAAUAGAGCUGCUGUGACAAUGUGUAGCAGACAUUCCUUGACGUAGCAGAGUCGUGUCGCUGUCUAUUAGUUGUACUUUGAAUAAUUGUCUUAAGACUUAUAGCAGCUGGUUUACUGUCAUUUUUGCCUUAACGAAUUAGCUUGGUGAGUGCGCUAACGCUAGCUAGCUAAGCAGCUGCUUGAGCGCUGCUUCUUGGUUGUGUUAUAUUCCCCCAUAUACAUUGUUGCUCUCUAACUAAUCUGAUUUAGCAGGAUUAUGGCGUUUCCUCUUGAUAUUAACCAGUUAUUCCCCGAGAGGGUCACGCUCUUGGACCAGACUCUUGUUGCAGAGAAUCGUAAAUCAACAGAAAGACCAGAUCUUUUGGCACACAUAGUCACGGUCAUUGAUGAACUUGGAAGAGCCUCUGCAAAGGCCCAACAACUCACAACUCCAAUAACAAGUGCUUCCAAACUACAGUCCCAGAGGCAUCAGCUGUAUCUGCUGAAGGACGGAGAUAGCAACAGAGGACAUGGUAUUGUUGUGGGAUUUCUCAAGGUCGGCUACAAGAAGUUAUUUCUUCUUGACAGACAGGGUGUGCACAUAGAGGCAGAGCCACUGUGUGUUUUGGAUUUCUACAUUGCAGAGAACUUUCAGAGACAUGGCUAUGGAUCAGAGCUGUUUGACUUCAUGCUGCAGCACAAGAAUUUAGAGCCAGCGCUGAUGGCUUAUGACAGGCCCUCACCAAAAUUUCUGUCGUUCCUGGCAAAGAAUUACUGGCUGACACACAGUGUCCCACAGGUCAAUAACUUUGUGGUGUUUGAGGGAUUCUUCCUCAACAGAACAGUUGUAAAUCAGGAGCAGAGGGCUCUUUCUUGGCCAUUCCCUCCGCCUCACUCCCCCCAGCAGUCAGUAUCGUCGCAGAGCUCCAAUUCCCUCAGUGGGGGAUCCUCCCCAAGCAGGGUGCCCCUUCAAGUCAGCUCAGCUUCUGCGGUUGUAGGCAAUAGAGACGACAGCCCACAGUCCCCUCUCAUCGAGCGUUGCAGGGCAAGACGCACCAGUUCUCUUAAUAGAUCUCAGCUGGGCUUCCAUUGACCAGCCACUGACUGCCACUGACUGGCACCAUAGGAUUCUUCCUUUUAAAGGAAUGGUUCUGGUGUCUUAGUUUACUCGAUAGCCUGUUUCAUUUAUGUGGAGAAAGAGACUAAUGUUUAUUACUGGACAGAAAUCAGGAGAAGCUCUCUUAGGCCUUUUAGAAACAUAUUUCCCUCCUAGCAGCAGAGGGGAUAGCUUGAUAGCUCUGUGUUAUCUUGUCACUUUUGCUUAUUUUUUUUAGAACCAAUUAAAUCUGUGCCACACAACUGCAAUGGAGAUUGCCUUUUAUCAUACUACAGUUACGUACAUGCAUUAACCAUUGUUAGUAACCAAACAAUACUAAUGAUUGUUAAAUUUUCACGUUUUAUGUUUGGUGGCAUUUAUACACCCUGAAUGCAUUGUUUUCUCUUUGUUUUGUAAUUAUGUCCCUUUUUACCUUUGUUUCCUUUUUGUUUGCUGUUACUUAAUUGUCCUUUGGCUUGCACUUCUCUCCCGUCUUCUACUCUUGUUCUUUUUUUUUCACCAUGUUCUCUAUCCUCGUUGCUAGCUGUUGCCAUCUCCCCUAAAGCCAACAGGGUCUAGCUGCUAGAUGCAGCCUGAACCAUUGGCACUUGGACAACAGAGCUGUUGGACUGCUCGACAGGCAUACACAUGCCAGGUAAGAUUUAGUGAAGAUGUUAAUGGCAGUCAAAAACCUUUUUAGACUCAUACAGGGAAGUCAUACUGGCCUCAUCAGUCAAAGUGAAAAGGGUGCUUUAUUAUUUGCCUCCUGCCUUCUAAUGCAGCUUAUAGUUAAGAUAUGGGAAAUUCAAGUGGUUUAGUCAUGUAAAACAGUGCUGCAAGGCAACUGCAACAUUGACACUGAUGUUACAAGCUGGCAGGCAUGUAAUGUAAUGAAGGUAAUGCAAAGGCAUAUUGACUAAGGGAAGAGAUUAGAUGAAGCUCUUGAAAAUAUAAUGUGUUAUAAACUUUUGAAGAAAAUCUCAAUAAACAAACAUUGCUAAAAUAAUCAUCAAUGCAGCAAAAAGAAUUACCUUUGCCAUUUCUAAAAAAACAUGGCAAAACUUGUUCUGUUGUCUGAGGCCAUAAACACCACAAGAAGGGGUGUUAAUAUGGACUCUAUGGUAACAUGACCCCAUUUAAAUGUGGCAAUAUGCUGACUGGUCUUCAUGUAUUAGUAUUACAUGGUAUCACGGUUCUACACACUAUUGAUCACUUCACUUUAUCAAUGUGUCCCCAAAUCCUCCUCAGAUGUUCAAAGGACUGUAAUGCACAGAAAUGUUUAGAAAAUGUGUACAGAUGAGUACAAUGUGCUCAGGAUUCUUUGUUUUCCUCAGUCAAAAUGCUUCAGUUCUACGCAUCUCUCAAUACGACUAGGAUGUUAGAAGGUAUUAGAGUAAUAACAUAGCAUCCUGACCUGUGUUUAUCUGGCUCUAAUUUCAACAAAUUAAUGGUGAUGAGCUGCAGCAUAUUAGGUUAAAAAUGUAUUAAAUGCCUGUUCACUCCACACAUAGUUUAAUAGACCCAUAGGUCUACGAUUCUCAUUCCCAUUUGGGCUUCUUAGGUCCAUGUACUUUACAGCCAAAGUGUCAUUCCGUCUAGAUAUAGGGAUACAAAAAAAUAAAAACAUUUUCCAUUUUGUGUUUUGAUAAUGAAAAAUGGAAAAUGAAAACACGAUAUGCUAUCUGAUUUCCUUUGGAAAUCUGGAAGUAAAAUAAGUGUUUGGAAAUCUUAUUUUUCUUUUAAAUGUCAUCCUAUGAUAUAUGAGUACAAUGUUAGCACCAUAUAUGUGAUUUUAAAGCACCAUAUUGCAGAAAUAGUGAAUGAUAAGCUCAGUACUUCCAGGACAGUGGUCUAUGGCUGCAUGAUAUUAGGAAAACAUGCGAUGACUAUGUUCAAUAUCGUAAUGUUGAUAUGAGUUGCGAUAAAUCAACAUAAACAGUCCCUUGCUACGGAUGCAGAGACCACAGACUUCUCCACAGCCAAAUGUCUCCACAGAGAAGGCGGACAGCCUGGCCAUACCACUGUUUUCCUUUUUGUGUUAUGAUAAUGAAAAACGGGAAGUGAAAAAACGAUAUGUUAUCUGAUUUUCUUUCGAAAUCUGGAAAUAAAAUAAGUGUAUGGAAAUCGUA